AUGGCCGCAGCAUACCAAACAGACGCCCCUCAUUUUACGAACACCUUUACUACCAACGAGCAACCGCUUGAAAGGCAAAGAACGGGCUCAAGAGACUACUCCAACACAGCCGAAUGGGACGCCUCCAAAACGCCCCCCUCCCGCUUCCAAAAGCGCAAGGGCAGCAUCUACGCCACGCCGCCAUCUCGCGACGGCCACGUCGAGCGCAACCGCGACGCCGUCGAGGAGUUCCACCGCGCCCACUCUAAGCGCUGGUCCCUCAGCUCUUCUGGGUCUAGCCGUCGCGGCAGCGUCGGUGUCACUGCCCCUUCCACCAGCAACAGUAAAGCAGAUGAGCAGCAGAAGCGCAAAGCGAGCCAAUAG